GCGAAGCACGAGGCGGCGGUGGCCGCGAGAUGGCGCGGCUGGGUCGACGAUGCGUUCAAGAACGGGGCAGGCUGCGCCCAUCGGGCCACCACGCUCCAGGAACGCCUCGAGGUGUUGAGCCAACCAGGGCAGGCGGACCCCUACGCGCUGGCCGGGACAGCCAUGGACCAGUGGGAGGAGCUGUGGUUCGCUCGCGGCGCCGACUGGCUGCCGCUGCCCGGCGAUGCAUCGAGCUGGACACAGCUGCCGCCGCUCGACGUGCCGCAGCUGCGAGAGACUACGCAGUCCUUCAGCUGGAAGACUGCGGUGGGCCACGGCUGCAUGCAUCCCACGGCGAUGUUGUUCGCCUCGGACGCCGCUUUCGCCACGCUCGCGCUGCUCUUCGUGCGGUGCGAGACCAUGCUAUGCAGCGGCCGUGGCGGGGUUGGCUCCGAUUCCAUCACGCUUCACCUCGCCUCGCAGCGGGAUCCCUACCUGUACCCGAUCUUCGAUGUCACCCUGCUCCCCGCCAUGAAGUACUGCGAGUUCAUCUGGGACGAGCGCCUGCCGCUGGCGGGGCCGCAGCGCGCCUGGCAGUAA